CUUCAUAAAUACAUCUCAAAGAGAGAGAGAGAGAGAUCUUCAUCUUCAUCUCCGUCUGCAUCUGCAUCUUCAUAAACAUCUCAGAGAGAGAGAGAGAGAGAGAUCUUCAUCUUCAUCUCCGUCUGCAUCUGCAUCUUCAUAAACAUCUCAGAGAGAGAGAGAGAUGGGUUCGUUAGAAAGAGGUAAAAUGAACGGACACGCAGUGUGUAUUCCGUUCCCGGCGCAAGGGCACAUCAACCCAAUGUUGAAGCUGGCCAAGCUUCUGCAUUCCAGAGGCUUCCACAUCACCUUCGUCAACACCCACUUCAACCGCCGCCGCCUCCUCCGCUCCCGCGGCCCCCGCUCCCUCGACGGCCUGCCGGACUUCCGCUUCGCAGCCAUCCCCGACGGCCUGCCCCUCUCCGACACCGACGCCACCCAGGACAUCUCCUCCCUCUGCGCCUCCACCCCCGUCCACAGCCUCCACCCUUUCCGCUGCUUGCUCUCCGACCUGGCCGCCUCCUCCGACGUCCCCCCCGUCUCCUGCAUCGUCUCGGACGGCGCCAUGAGCUUCACGCUCGAUGCCGCCAGAGAAUUCGGCAUCCCUGAAGUGCUCUUCUGGACCCCCAGCGCCUGCGGCUUCCUCGGUUAUACCCAGUACAAAGCCCUCCUCCAGAGAGCCCUCGUUCCUCUCAAAGAUUGGAGUUGCCUCACAAACGGGUAUUUGGAGACGAAAAUCGACUGGAUGCCGGGGAUGAUGAAGAACGCCUGCUUGAAGGACAUUCCGAGCUUCAUCAGAACCACAGAUCCAGACGACGUCAUGAUCAAAUUCCUCGUCACUGAAACGGAGCGAUCCUCCAAAGCCUCUGCCAUCAUCAUCAACACGUUCGAUUCUCUUGAAAGAGACGCCAUUGACGCUCUCUCCGCCAUGUUUCCAGCCCCUGUUUUCACCAUUGGCCCUCUCCACUUGAUGCUCAAUACCCACAUAAAAGACAACCACCAACUCAAAUCCAUCGGAUCAAAUCUAUGGAAAGAAGACAGGGGGUGCAUGGAGUGGCUGGAUUCGAAGGAGCCCAACUCGGUUGUGUACGUGAACUUCGGAAGCAUUGCCGUGAUGACGAGCCAACAACUUGUUGAGAUGGCGUGGGGGCUGGCCAACAGCAAAAAGGACUUCCUUUGGAUCAUCCGGCCGGAUCUUGUCACAGGAAACUCGGCCGUCCUGCCGCCGGAGUUCUUGGAGGAGACGAGAGGGAAGGGGAAGCUGGCAAGCUGGUGCCCGCAGGAGGAGGUGUUGAGCCACUGGGCCGUGGCCGGGUUCCUGACGCACAGCGGCUGGAACUCGACGCUGGAGAGCCUGGGCGCCGGCGUGCCGAUGAUCUGCUGGCCGUUCUUCGCCGAGCAGCCGACCAACUGCCGGUACAGCUGCGAGGAAUGGGGGGUGGGGAUGGAGAUAGCGAGCGACGUGAAUAGAGAGGAGGUGGAGAGGGUGGUGAGGGAGUUGAUGGACGGGGAGAAGGGAAAGGAGAUGAAGAGGAAGACCGCGGAGUGGAAGAAGAAGGCGGAGGCGGCCGUCGCGCCCGGCGGCUCAUCGGACGUCAACUUGGAGACGCUUUUCAGUAGAAUGCAAGAUUUGUCCUUUGAUCCCUAAACAGACAUGUCACUAUUUAUUCACCCCUUCUCUUUCUUCCAUUUUCCUCCGCCCGCCUCGCCUCACCUACAACCUCAUUGUCGUCUCUUGUCACUGCAACCUCACUGUCUCUCGUCACUUAGCCUCUGCGCCUUACUGCCUAACCUUCGCCAUCUCACCGCUGCAACCUCUAGCAAUCGGCGACCACCCAAAUCAACCAAGGUGCUGCAGGCGACAACGAUCGACAAGUGACGAGGGCAAGCGCGACGCGGAUGAUAGAGAGACAUAGGAGAGAGAGUAAGUGUGUGUGUGUUUUGGGUCAUAUCAAAUGAGUAAUUUUGUCAUUUUAUUUUUUUGUAAAGCUUUCUGUACAUCCCUUUCUGUAUAAAUAAUUUUAUCCAACAUUUAUUACCUA